AUGGCCGGUAACUGGCUAGAGCCCAAUUUAAAUCGCAAGGAUAAGAUGAUGAAGGGGCGGCCAAGGGUGCCAACUGGCGGCUCUGUCAAAGGGACGACGGUGAUAUGGGGCGACUACGGGUUACGGAUGGUCGAUCACCACCGAAGGAUUAGCGCAAAACAACUGAAGAUAGCAGAGGAUACCAUCAAGCAAAGGUUACGUGGUCAGAAGUAUCGACUCUACAAGAGAGUAUGCUGCAAUAUCGGCGUAUUCGUUAGCGGCAACGAGAUGCGAAUGGGUAAAGGAAAGGGUUCGUUUGACCACUGGGCCGCAAGAGUAGCAGUGAAUCAGAUCGUCCUAGAGUUGAGAGGAUUGAUUCACGAACAAGUUGUCCGGGACGCAUUCCGGUUAGCGGGUCAUAAACUACCUGGACAAUGGGAGUUUGUAAAGAAAGGCGAGCCGCCUGUAGUCGGAAUUACCAAGCUAGAUGGGAUCACACUGGAAGAGUUAAAGAGGCCAAGGCGGAAGGUCCCUGCAGAGUCGCUCAGCCCAGUUCCUCCGCAAGCCUCAAGUUCGGAGACUCAACGAACACCCUUGGAUCUUCCUUGA